AGGGAGGCAGGAAGCAGGACAGAGACAGACCAGCAGCAGAGAAGAAGAGAGGGGGAGGCAGCGCAGCGGUGUCAGUAUCUCCUUCGUCUCUCCAGGCUCUGUGGCUGCAUGCUUUCUACCAGUCAAAUUUCCAUCCAGAAAUGACUGAACAGUGUGGCGUGAGACCGAAUGAUGGACGGCUAAAUGAAAUCGGGGGUUAUCACCUGUGAGCACUACACUGCUUUAGGGGAUUGAGAUUGUUCAGCCCUUCAGCGAACUCCAGCAGACCCAAGGAUCACUGAGGAAUGGUCUUCGUCUGGAGAAUCAAUAAUGGAUUGUAAUGGAGGAAGAGCACAAGGGAAGACCGUGAUGAUGAUGAUGAUGAUGAUGCCAAAUGGACAUAACGUAAUUCUCUGUUUCAAACAAUUCCUCUCUCACAGCCUAUGGAGGAUGAAGUUAGUGUAAGAAAGCUGUGGAUGUCCAAGAGUCUCUUUGGAGGAUCCCCAAUGACUCUACAUGACCAACAUCCAAACUUGUGACAUUUGGUGAAAGUCUGCCUCUAACCUCGGAGCCUACCAUCUGCACUUUCUCCCGUCAAACUUCUCUGGAAUAUGAAAUCACAGACCUGACAUGGUGCUAUGGACCGUAUCGGGAGGAGCACCAUCUCCAGGGAGAUAAAGUGAAGAGUGUGAAGAAUGAGAACACCUGAAAAGUAGAGUAGUCGAGAGAGGAGGAUUGUUCUGGCACUGCCAUUAUUUUCAGGCGGGGAUGACACUGAAAGCAGUGAUUCAAGCACAACAGACAAUGACAAGACAGAGGUCUGCAUGAAAGAAAGCAUUGAUUGUAGCGCACUGCACUGAUGUUGCAAACCACAUGCCCCCCAAUGAGGGGUAGGCGUGUGUUGCUUUCGGGGUUUCACAACCAGCCUCUUCCCUUCGCCUGAGUGGAGCCAGUAUUGCCAUAGCUUAAGCUCGGUGAAGACUUUUCGAAUUCUGUCAAAUAUCACAGAAGAAUGGUACGAAUCAAGUUGCAUUGACGACUGAGCUGGUCAAGUCAAACAUGGAGGGAUGUUCUGACCUUCUCCAGCAAAUUCCUUGGGGCCACUUUGAUAGCUGCUGAGCUGGAGAAGAGACUGCUGGGAGGGAGUGGCGUCUUCCUCCUGCCAGGAUAAUGCACACAUCUCCCAUGCUGAUCUCUGCAGCCACCAUGAGCAACAUGACUGUGAUUGACACUGCUGACCCCUAUGACCUUGACAUGACCUCAUCUGAGGCCAUCUACCCCAUCAGCUUCCAGGUUUCUCUGACAGGCUUCCUGCUUUUGGAGAUAGUUUUGGGUCUGAGCUCAAACCUCACUGUGCUAGUCCUCUACUGUAUGAAACAGAACCUCAUCAGCUCCGUCUCCAACAUCAUCACCAUGAACCUGCAUGUAGUGGACGUGUUGGUAUGUGUAUGCUGCAUUCCAAUGACAGCUGUGGUGGUGCUACUUCCUUCAAAGGCAGACACAGCCAUGAUGUGCUGUUUCCACGAGGCCUGUGUUUCUUUUGCAAGCGUAGCUACUGCUGCUAACGUCCUUGCCAUCACUGUGGACCGCUAUGACAUCUCAGUGCGGCCAGCAAACCGUGUGCUUACGAUGAGCCGGGCGGUGGCUCUUCUGGGAUCUAUCUGGGGUUUAUCCUUUUCCAGUUUCCUGGUUCCCUUCGUGGAAGUAGGCUUCUUCAUCAACUCUGGCUCAGACCUUUUGAACCAGACUGCUGUGGUCACAGUAGCUCAUACAAACGAGUACAACACAGAGAUGGGUUUGUACUAUCACCUGCUUGCGCAGAUCCCUAUAUUCUUUUUCACAGCUGUAGUAAUGCUGGUGACUUACUACAAAAUCCUUCAGGCACUUAAUAUUCGUAUUGGGACUCGCUUUCAGCAGAACUUGCCUAAGAAAAAGCACAAGAGUAAAAACACUAUCUCUUUAAGCACUGCGACACAAGCAGAGUCGACUGAUGCCUCACAGAGCAGCACAGGAGUGAAGGCAGGUGGAAAUGCACCUCUGGGCAUGCGGGCUUCAGUGUCCGUCAUUAUUGCUCUAAGACGAGCAGUAAAACGUCAUCGGGAAAGACGGGAGAGACAGAAGCGAGUAUUCAGGAUGUCUCUUCUUAUCAUCUCCACGUUCUUACUUUGCUGGACUCCAAUAACUGUGCUCAACACCAUCAUCCUCAGCACUGGGCCCAGUGAUUUAACUGUACGCCUCCGGCUGGGCUUCCUGGUGAUGGCCUAUGGGACAACUAUCUUUCACCCUCUCCUCUAUGCCUUCACACGGCAGAAGUUCCAAAAGGUUUUGAAGAGCAAAAUGAAGAAGAGGGUGGUGUCUGUAGUUGAAGCUGACCCCACACCAAACAAUGUGGUCAUCCAUAACUCAUGGAUUGACCCCAAGAGAAACAAGAAGGUGACCUUCGAGGACACAGAAGCAAGACAAAAAUGUCUAUCCACACAGGAUCCAGAGUAAUUGAAAUGUAUAUAUGUAAAAUAUGUGCAAAUUGGAAUUAUUAUACUGGGAGUUACACUCAAGAAAGUGUUUGAGGAAGAUAAUAGAGUAUUGUUUAUGCCAAUUACUGUAUAAAAAAAGAUGGACAACAUGGUGGCUCCCCAGAAGUGAAGCCAAAACACUUAGAAACGCCCCAGAGUGAAUAGCUGCAGAAUUGGUCACACACCCUUGAUGAUGACCACAGAGAAGAAGACACGGGGGCGAGGGAGUUUCUGAAUAUCACUGGUAAAAAGGGAAAAAUACCAGCACCCGAAUGUAUGCGAGUUCAAGGAGAGCACUUAUAGUGGACUUUUCAUUCAGUGCAAAGACUUGUUGAAGUGGAUAUCGUAGGCACAUGGAGAUGGUAACUUAUUGCUUUUUAUUGUGGGAUGUUGUGUUGUGCUAUCAAGGACAAUUGAGUUAUAUCUCUGUGUCUAAGCAGCAGUGUGUGUUGUUCCCUGGUUAGCAUAAUAUGAGACAAAUGUACAGUGAUAGAAUACCUUGAUAUUGUUUGUCACCAUUUGUAAUAAACAACCAAAAGGUACAAUAUGCGUCAA